CAUCAACACUAUAACUAAUAGAUAUCAGUUUAAGUCGGCAGUAAUUGGACUGGGAAGCACGGUGUAUAGACGGAUUUGAAGCAAUUAGUAGAAAAGUGUUGAUGAGGAUAGUUCUCACAUCGCACGUAGCUUCUAAAUCUUUAAUACCGUAUAAAAGUAUUUGGUGUCAUUACUCUAAUGAUAUAAUUUAGUGAUCUUGGCUUGAGAGCUUUGGACUGCAUUUUUAAGUGACACUCCUAGAAGGAAACAUUUUACCGUCGAUGCACUCUGGAUUCUUGUUUGGGACCAUUGAGAAUGGAAUUAAAAAUACAAUAUUUCAUAAAUUGGAAACUAUACAUAUGGAGAUAAAAUAACAAGGAUACAUCCUUGGGACUUCAAGCAGAUCGAUACCACUUGAAUUGAUAGAACUCCAAGCAAAUCUGAACGUGAUCUGAAAUGGUUAGUUCAACAGAAUAAAAAACAUAUAAGCUUACGUUUUCUCAAGUCCUCUCAAGUAGAGGUUGCGCAAGAGUUUAAGACUCCAUACCCUAACUAAUAAGCGUAACCAUGGCAAACUCGAUAGCCUCUUACAACAAGACAUCAUUGAUGUAUAGGAACGGUCAGGUGAUGACACGUAUAAAAGCAGAUAUCGACGUUGCCAUGGACACACUAAGUACGAUUGCCACAACAAGUAGCGAGGGACUGACCACAGUUGGUAACUUCACAAAUAAUACGGAUGGCGGGGGAGGGGGACCGUUCAUACUUUAUCCUUACAUGAUGGCGCCAAAGGAAUUCGUUGUUCCGAUCUAUGGAUUCUUUACACCGUUCCUUAUAAUACUGACGAUUGUUACGAAUACUUUAGUGUGCGUGGUUCUUAUGAAAAAGAACAUGAGAUCUCCGACAAACACCCUCCUAGUCGCGAUGGCGGUGAGUGAUAUGUUCACUGGAAUAUUUCCCAUGCCAGUGUUUCUCCAUUUCUACGCCUUUGGGUACUUUAAAGACUAUGUCAGCAUUGACUGGUGUUACCUAUAUUUGUACUUUUCAGACAUUAUACCAACGAUAUUUCAUACCGCUUCUAUCUGGCUGACAAUGGGACUGGCUUUACAGCGAUACAUUUACGUCUGCUAUAGUAUUAAGGCAAAACAAUGGUGCACGAUACCUGCUACCAUCAAAGGCAUUAUAGUCGCAUACGUUCUCGCCAUUCUUUCACAAGCUAGUAAAUUUGGUGAAAAUAUUAUUGAUCCGAUCGAGGUUGAUUCUCAACGUACCCCGGGGGAAAUUUUCACGGGAUGUUUACUACAAAGACGCUCGUGGGUGUUGAGCAUCGAAGACAUUUACUACAACAUCUAUUUUUGGUUCCGUGUUAUAUUCAUCCACAUGAUUCCGUGUACGUCACUGGUGGUGCUGAAUGCCCUAUUGAUCCAUGCAAUGAAGAACGCGCAGAAGCGACGCCAGAUGCUUUUAAAACAAAAUAGGAAAAGCGAAUCGAAGAAGUUAAAAGACAGUAACUGCACUACACUGAUGUUAGUGGCGGUGGUAGGUGUUUUUCUACUGGUCGAAGUUCCACAAGGCGUUGUUUUCAUCAUCAUUAUAGUAGAAAAUACAUUUAAAAUAGGACUAGUGCCUCCCAUAACAAUGAACACAAUUGCCCUAUUUACAAAUUUCUUCAUUAUUUUCUCUUACCCACUUAACUUCUUUAUAUAUUGUGGAAUGAGCAGGCAGUUUCGAGAUACGUUCAGAAGGUUGUUCAGUCGCGGCACUGCUCCCUCUGACCGCGAACACUCUCAAUACACCGCCCUAGCUACCGAGAACGGAAAAUCCGCCUAUUUAACAACACCGGCUACUGGAGACACGGCCAUCUGACUAGACGGCCCCACAAACAGCACAAGCAAGGCAUCAACUAAUGUCAGUCAGCUUUCUUAAAAGCUUGUAAACAUAUUGCCAUCGGAUGAAAUGUGCAACUCAACUAACAAUGUGUGGUUGUUAGUAUAACAAGACAAAUGUGAAUGUGUUACGUCAGAAUGUGAUAUCACUAUAAUUAUACAUGAGUACUAUCUGUAGAUUUAUAUUAAUAUGAGAUUGAAUUGUCAUAAUUCCAUGAGAUCGCGGGAGAUGUCCCAACCUGGGUAUUUCACCAAAUACUCGGUCUCGGUGGAGUUAUCACGCUGAAAUGCUGCUAGUGACAAACGUGUUUAUUGUUUUAGUUCGUUCGCAGAUAAAUGGAAAUACUAUUCAUAAAAUACAAGAGACUAAGACGAUAGAUGACAAAUAAGUUAGCUACUGGUUUUCUUUAGGGAUAGAACUGACCACUAAUGAGGAAUGGCAGUUCGUGCAGAACAGUUCAUUUCGGCCAUACGUGGUCUCAUGAAAGACAAUGAGAAAGAGACCAGAUAUGUACUAGUAUCUAGUAGUAUCUAAGUGGGAUAAUCGAUGAGACCCCUAUGAGUUCGUGCUAUAAUGAACAU